GUCGACGCCAAAGCUGCAGAGGCUAGAGCUCUCUAUGAGGCUAUGCCCGGUGUUAGCCGGCUCUCUAAGCUGGAGCUGUUUGAAGAGCGGGCAAAGAAGCUGAAUGAGCGAUUUGGCCUGGAGAUUCAUCCCAUGGAAUGGCAGAGCGCCAUCCCCAGCGACACCGUCCUCCGCAUGGACAAACCCAUUCGAAUGCGCAUUCGACGGACCUGCCAUCGCUGCAACGCUACCUUUGGCGCCACCAAGGAAUGCCCCAACUGCAGCCAUAGCCGCUGUACCAAAUGCACGCGGUACCCACCAAAGCGCUCCGAGGCCGAGAUCAUCGCUAGUCGUGAAAGGAGAGCCGCCAAGAUAAAGGCCAACCGCGAGAAUGCCCCGAUACUGCCCGACUACGCCCCAAUCGAGAAGGAGAUUGUUCUUAAGCGCCCAAGCAAGACGGGAGGCCAGGAUCUCGUCCACAAGAAGCCCCGUCAACGCGUCCGACGAACUUGUCACGAAUGCGAUACGCUCUUCACAGCCGGGACUAAGACGUGCGAGAAGUGCAAGCACGUUCGCUGCACCGACUGCCCCAGAGACCCGCCCAAGAAAGACAAAUAUCCAUUUGGCUACCCUGGCGAUGCAUUUGGACCAAAGAGCGUGCCUCACUAUGAAUGCCUAAACUGCAAAACUGUUUAUCCUACCGGGGUCGAGGACGGGACUGAAUGCAGGAAAUGCAAGUUUCCAAAGUCGCAUGCCUCGCCUCGCGCCCUGCCUCGCAAGGUAGAACCAACACCCGACCCGGAAGUCAUACGAAGGCUGCAGUCCAAACUGGACGGCCUAAAUCUCACAUAGAGCUGUUGAUGUCAGCAUUUUCACCACCGACAGGCUUGUGCCUGCGCCACCCGUCUUUUAGCGAAUUUCUUUCUCGUCAUGUUUUUUGCAUUCACCUCGACGUCUGCUCUGGGUUUUAUAGAAACGGCUUGACGACGGCAAUCGAUUUUAUUUGGAAGCGUCGGUUCCGUACUGAGACAUAUCCCAUUCUCUCUUCAUACCUCUUUUUGUUUCUUUUUUACCAUCCCAUUUCAUCUGGCGACAUUUUUCUUCUCUCUCUUUUUUUAUUACCCGACGUCAACCCAGCGAACAUGCGAAAACAGCAACACUCUUUUUCCUUUGUCAUCAAAUAAGUGGAAGAGGAACAAAUAAACAAGAAACGAGCAGCGAUCUAUCGACCCAUCGCUGUACCCAACUGGCUAGAAGAGGCAACUGCGUGCUGGAUAUGAUGGAUAAAUAAGGAGGAAAGUUGGCUUCUGUCGGGAACGGUCUGGCUCAUUGAUGUUUAACGAGUCGCUGCUGUAUUUUCUUUGUUCGUUCUUGACUCCUAUAUUAUUUGACUUUGUUAUACCUCGGGGUGUUUUUUCUUUUUCCUUUUUCCAUCUUGUUAAUUGUCAGCGAUAUAUAUACACAAAAAAGGCGAGAGAGAGCACGACUGGUUCUUUAUUUUCUCCGUCUCUUUUCCCUUUUCCAUCCUAUUACCGUCAUCUCUUUGAGUUUAUUCCUAUCAAAUCUUUGAAUUCUGUUAUUCUUAUUUCAGGUUUAGGCUAUGCCGUGGGUGAGUAAUGAUGCAAAGCUCCAAUUUGAAAAAAAAAGAGAUUACUUCGAUAUGGUAGCUACAAGUAUAUAAAAUGCAUUUAGUCCUCUGUCUGAGCGUCAAUCAUGCCUUGAAUGCC